AUGAACCGCUUUCGGAACAUGAGGCGCAUGGAGCCAUUCCAGGGCCCCUCAAAAUGGGUCCCCACUCUGGGCGAGCUGCAGAAGACCCUCCAGAAGGGCGAGUACCUGCCCCUCCGCCCGCUGCCCAUGUUCGAGAGUAACUUUGUCCAGGUGACCAAUCGAGGGGCCCCCGUGUACGUGCACCACAGAACCAACCGCCUGACCAUGGGUGUGGCCGCCUCCCUGCCAGGCCUGGUACUGCCUGACAUCCUGCUGAUCGCUCAGCCCCCAGAGGGCAAGGAGUGCUCCAACCUCGUCCUCACCAGGAUGCUCCCGCUGGACCUGGCCCACCUCUACGUGCAUGACCUGUCUGCCUGGCGUCUGAAGCUGCGCCUGGUCACAGGCCGCUACUACUACCUGGAGCUGGAUGCCCCUGAUAAAGAGGUUGGCUUCCUGUUUGACCGCUGGAUCCGUCUCAUCAACCUGCUCCAGGAGCCUGCCACAACCUGGGCACCCAGGACUCUGAAUACACCCACCACGGACCUGGCCCAUGUUGUACCUCCUGCCUCCACCUGGCGCCUCCAGGCCCAGCCACAGUCCGACCGUUCAGUCAUGAUUGUCGAGCCCACCUUUCCUUACAAGUUGCUGGCAUCUCAGAGACAGAAGAAGGCCAAGACUCUCAAGCGCAAAUUCAAGUCUCAGGCUGUGGGCGACUCUGUGCCUCUCAUAUGGUCACAGAUGGAGCAUGCUAAAGCUAAAAAGAAAUCUGCAGAAAAGUCCCAACCACACCUCCACCCUGACAGAUCUCAGACCCAAACCCAGAUUUCCGAGAAGCCCAGCAUCACCAUCCGUACCAUCUUCAGCAUCAUUUCCAAUACCAUCAACCACACACAGUCCUCUUCCAAGGCUUGCUCUUCUGACUCUGACCUGGGCACGGUCCUGGGAGGUCUAGUUGAGACCCCUGUACACUGUAUCUUGGAGAAGAGCACUGGUCCUUCCUUGGCGGGCUCCUAUGAAAACUUGGACCCGUACCUGUGGCAGCAGGAUAUCGAACACCUGAUAGACCCUGAUUCCAGUACGCUGUCAUCUUCCUCCUUUUCCCCAGGCCCAGGCCCUCCAGCCUUCUACCUCCGUGCCCCCUACUCCUCCUUCCGCAAGCACAAGGAAAGGCCCCGGGUCCCGGGAUCUGGGCAGAGGCAGCGGCUGCCACCCUCCCAGAAGACCCAGUCUAUCCGUGCUGCCUCUUGGAAGGUUCCAUUCAUCCUUGACCAGUCCAAGAAGGUCUCAGCAGUACAUGCUCCAACCCAGAAGACCUCAACUGGUGUUGGCCCAUCCCGGAGGGUCCCAGUGGCACCUGUUGCUUCUCAAAAGCCACCUGUCACACGGGGCCCAUCUCGGAAGGUGCCCCCUGCAUCAGCUACUUCCCAGAAGGCCCCCACAGUACACGGCUCAGCCCGGAAGGCCCCACCUGCACCAGCCAUUUCCCGGAAGGCCCCAGUUGUAUCUGUCCCAUCUCGGAAGGCCCCACCUGGGUUGGCUAUUCCACAGAAGGCUACAGCCAUACCUGUCCUAUCUCAGAAGGCCCAACCCAUACCUGCUCUGCCCCCAAAGGCUGCGACCCACACUGUCCGAAACAGGAAAUCUUUGUUCCUCCCUACGCCAUCUCAGAGGGCUCUGAUCUCUCCCACUCAGGACCAGGGGACCCUGGAUGAGGUUGAUUUGGGCAUGUUGCCCGGAUUAGGUUCUACAAGGAAUGUGCCUAAGAGAAGCAAGCGAGAAGGGAUGCCAGAGCCCAUGAUGUUCGUAAGCACCCAUGAGAUGGACCUGGUAGAGACGAGGACCAAGAAAACCUCCCUGGAGCUGCCUUUCACUACCACAGAGAGGGAGUCAUCGGAGGUGGUGAUCAGCAAAGCCCAUGAGAUCAACGUGGACGGCCUGAAAGGCAGAAGCUGGUUGGAAGACAAAGUGCAGAGGAAGAAGGAGGAGAGGGCUCUGGACAUUCCUGGCUUCAAGUCCAAGGAGAUGAGGCAGCAGCACAAGUGGCUCAAGACUGAGGAGCUGACCAUUGAGGGACCCCCAGAAGAGCAGAGCAGGCCCUUCUCGGUGGAGGGGCUCACCCUUGCCAAGCUGAUUAUCAUGGCCAACUCCAAAGAGCCGCCCCAGAGACCACCUGUAGUCCGUCUGCCCUCCUGGCUCUCGGCCACCCAGGUGUCUGCCAUGCCAACAGAGAGUACAGUGCCCACCAAGCCCCAUAAAGAUCCCCCAGCAGAGAAGACACCUGUGGUGGCUAAGGAGAAGCCCCCAGUGCACACCUGGGUGCCCCCACCAGAGAAGACACCUGUGGUGGCUAAAGAGAAGCCUCCAGUGCACACCUGGGUGCCCCCACCAGAGAAGACACUUGUGGCAGCUAGGGAGCAGUCCCCAGUGCGUAGCUGGGUGCCCUCGCCAGAGAAGACACCUGUGAUGGCUAAAGAGCAGUCUCUGUUGGACAGCUGGGUCUCCUCAUCGGAGGGCACAUCUGUGGAGGCUAAGGAGCAGUCCCCAGUGCGCAGCUGGGUGCCCUCAUCGGAAGGGACACCUGUGGCCGCUAAGGAGCAGUCCCCAGCACAAAGCUGGGUGCCCUCAUCGGAGGGGGCACCUGGGGCGGCUAGGGAGCAGUCCCAGGUGAGCCCCUGGGUGAAGGGGAAAAUGCAUGAGUGGGCAGAGAAGAGCAAGCAUUCCUGGGUAGAGCAGGAAGCAAAGGUGGAGAGGUCAUCCCAGGACUCAAUGGGACCUUCCGAAGUGUACUAUCUCCGUGAGCUGGAAUCCAGCAGCUGGAACACGGACACAGCCUCCCCACCUCCCAUCCCUCUGCCUGCAUCAGAGUGGGAGAGUACACCCCAGUCGCCCAUGUCACUGAGCCCCAUCUCAAAGAUGGAGCCUGGGAUAUCCUCAGAGUCCAGCGUAUCUCAAGAGCCCCAGGAGCUCAAAGAGAUGUCAGACCAUAGCCCUCUGACCAUCACCGACUUGUCCUCAGAGGUCUUGCCCUCACCCUUGGAAGCUGAGAGUGUGACAGACGUGGCAACCAGUGGGGAGAAGACAGAUGAAUUGGAUGCCUUUAAUCCUUCAUCCAGGUACUUGGGGGCAAAGCUGACAUGUUCUGUCAAAGCCAUUAUCUGCGAGGUAGAGAGGAUCAUGCCCUCUUUUUUCACUUUUGCUCAUGGACUUGAGAUAUAG